AACAGAGCCUGGGAGUCUAGAGCAACACCAUGCAGACUACCAAUGAAUUUUUUAGACCCCAAUAUCUGAAUUUUUAAAGCACACUGCAUUUUUGAUGAUUAUUGCAUAAAAGAGGCUUUCACAGGAAAAAGGUGCAGUGUUUCACUCACAAAAGCAAUAGAAUUGUGAAUGUGAGAUUUGAACAUCAGCUACAGUGCAAUGGCACUCACAGUUUGAACCUUUAUGUCAGUGUUUGGUUGUUGACGUUGAUACGUUUGACCCACGAACCCCUGGAACGGUUUCUCGGGAUAAGGGUUAGACUGGGACUGUAGGACGCAGUGUCUUGUUACACCCGCUCAUAUCAUACAACCUCGAGCCUGCGAUCCUUGACUUCGCUAUCAAUAAUUGAUGAAUUCUGCUAGUCACUCUUUUUGGCCUGCUGUUGUAUAGCCAAGAAGACCAAAAGGGGAGGGGUUGGAGAAGAGGCAGGUGUUCGGCAUCUUCUGUCACUGUCUGUGAGGGGACCGAGGAGAACGUUGGAGUUUCCAUUAUUGAUGUAUGUCAGCAUAACUUUCACAAUGCUGAUACACUGAACCGAAGACACCUGGAUUCGUCCCGUUUCUCUCCUUGUGCCUUGUUUCUGGAUGUUCUGUGGCCAAACCGCAUGAAUGAUUGUACCCAGACCGUCAAAAAGCAAAGUCCCUCCUCUUCUUUCUCUCUGUGUGUCUUCUUGUCGUCCCUGGCUCGGCAUCUCUCCUCCUCCCCUACAGCACACCUAGAGCACCUUAGUCCAGCUCAGGAGAGGAUGCGCACCAGAGCCUAGUGGAUAUCCUGCUCGUUUUUUUCUGCAAGAGCAGAAGAGUGAGAAGACAAGUGUUUGAGGGACAGAAGCGCAAGGGAAGGAGAGAUGCCACUGGGGGGGUUUGCGGGUCUAAAGGAGAAGCUCAACCCGGGGAAGGAGGAGUUGAAGAACAAUGUGGGCGACUCUCUGGGGAACCUGCAGAAGAAGAUCGAUGGCACUAAUGUGGAUGAAGAGGACAACAUUGAGCUGACAGAAGAUGGCCGGCCAGUGGCAGCCCCUAAUCGUAGCCCACCCCUUUUGGAUUGUGGCUGCUUUGGCCUUCCCAAGCGUUACAUCAUCGCCAUGCUCAGCGGACUUGGCUUUUGCAUCUCGUUUGGCAUCCGCUGCAACCUCGGUGUGGCCAUUGUAGAAAUGGUUAACAACAACACUGUCUACAUCAACGGGACUCCCGUCAUGCAGCCAGCUCAGUUUAAUUGGGAUCCAGAGACAGUGGGGUUGAUACAUGGCUCUUUUUUCUGGGGCUACAUUGUCACUCAAAUCCCUGGAGGAUUCAUCUCCAAUAAGCUAGCAGCUAACAGGGUGUUCGGAGCAGCCAUUUUCUUGACGUCAUUGCUAAACAUGUUUAUUCCGUCAGCUGCCAGGGCUCACUACGGCUGUGUCUUGUUUGUGCGAAUCUUACAAGGUCUGGUGGAGGGUGUCACAUAUCCAGCCUGCCAUGGGAUGUGGAGCAAAUGGGCUCCUCCGUUGGAGAGAAGUCGUCUGGCUACUACCUCGUUCUGUGGAUCUUAUGCAGGAGCUGUGAUAGCCAUGCCACUGGCUGGAAUAUUAGUGCAGUAUGUGGGCUGGCCCUCUGUCUUCUAUAUAUAUGGUGUGUUUGGCAUUAUAUGGUAUAUCUUCUGGCUCCUGCUGGCUUAUAAUAGUCCAGCGAUACAUCCCACCAUCAGUGAAGAAGAAAGAACAUAUAUAGAGGCCUCUAUUGGGGAAGGAGCCAAUUUAAUGAGUUCUACUGAGAAAUUUAAAACUCCUUGGCGUAAAUUUUUUACAUCUAUGCCUGUCUACGCCAUCAUUGUGGCAAACUUCUGCCGCAGCUGGACCUUCUACCUCCUGCUUAUUAGUCAGCCAGCGUACUUUGAAGAGGUCUUUGGGUUCCCCAUCAGCAAAGUGGGCAUUUUGUCAGCAGUGCCACACAUGGUGAUGACGAUCAUUGUGCCCAUAGGAGGUCAGCUGGCUGACUUCCUGAGGAGUCGGAAAAUCCUCUCUACUACAAACGUGCGAAAAAUCAUGAACUGUGGAGGUUUUGGCAUGGAGGCCACGUUGCUGCUGGUGGUCGGGUUCUCACACACACGUGCAGUGGCCAUCUCAUUCCUCAUCCUGGCAGUGGGCUUCAGUGGAUUUGCGAUAUCAGGAUUCAAUGUAAACCAUCUGGACAUAGCUCCUCGCUAUGCCAGUAUUCUUAUGGGUAUCUCUAAUGGAGUAGGCACCCUGUCUGGCAUGGUUUGCCCCCUCAUCGUCGGAGCACUUACUAAACACAAGACUCGCCUGGAGUGGCAGCACGUGUUUAUGAUCGCGUCCAUGGUGCAUUACACUGGCGUGAUCUUCUAUGCCAUCUUUGCAUCUGGUGAGAAGCAGGACUGGGCUGAUCCUGAGAGCACUAGUGAUGAGAAAUGCGGCAUCAUCGGGGAAGAUGAGCUGGCUGAUGAGACCGAACCCAGCAGCGACAGUGUCCUGGCGACCAAGCAGAAGACCUACGGAACAACAGAGAACUCUGCAGGCCGCAGGCAAGGCUGGAAGAAGAAGAAAGGCGUGACCAUGCAAGCUGACGAAGAAGAUCACGGAUCAAACCAUUAUGAAAAUGGGGAAUAUCAGAACCAGCAAUGACAUUUUGGUUAUCGAACGCCCAAGACUGAAUGGUGAGGUGUAGGAGUAUUAUUUAAGUAACUGCAGAAAUAACCCCAACCAGGGGCUACAGCAUUUCACUUGACGUUCGACACAACAGUAGAUUUGAGUUGUGAAGAAAUAUUUUGGAUGGCUUCCUUAAUUAUUUCACCCUGCUGUAGAACCUGAAGGAAGAGUCACAUGACACCGAUCUGAGUAUAGUUUGACAUGAUGGAGAUUUGUAGCCGUGAAGAAAGUUUCAACUGGAGUCUACACUAUCAUUCUAAAGUUUUUCUUUUUUUGAAAGAAAUUAAUAUUUAUCCAGCAAGGAUGCAUCAAAUCGAUCAAAAGUGACAGUGAAGACAUUUAUAAUGUUACAGAAGAUUUCGGUUUUCAUAUAAAUGCUGUUCUUUUUUUCAUUGAAGAAUCCUGAAAAACGUAUUACGUUUCCACAAGGAAUGAAGGAUCAUGUUUUAAGAAUGAUUUCUGAAGGAUUAGAAUGAUUAAAAUGAAAAUAUAAGGAUCAUGUGACACUGAAGACUUGAGUGAUGGCUGCUUUGAAUGAAUACAUUACAUUUUAAAAUAUAUUAAAACAGAAAACAGAUAUUUAAAAUGUAGUCUAUAUAUAGUGGUCCCAAAAGGUGGAUAUUAAAGUGACACUUAAAAAUGUCUGAAUGCCUUUGCAUUAGAUAAUAAAUAUCAAAACGUGGCAUCUGCUAUCAAAUAACUCUAGACCUUUUCUCAAAACGGAUUUCA